GGACAUGACGUCGCAAACCAACAACAACAAAGAUGGAGGCACGUUACCUCGGGUGACUGUCACGUUACUAGUCUGUCGAGCGGUCAGCUCGCUAUUCCAGCGCCGCCGACCAACCGGUCCCAGACAUGAGCUCUCUAAGCUACUUCACUCCGGCCCGAGAAGAAGAGCUGCUGUGGUCGGGAAACGCAGGCGCAGCCACCGGACCUCAACCCAGCACCCUCGGAGGAGAGGAGGCACGGCGCUUCUAUCAAAGCCUCAUAGAAGAAGGGGAUGGAGAGGAGAGACGAGGAAUGGAGCAGAGGGGGAGAGAGAACCGCAGGGGGAGAAGAGCAGGGCAGCACGUCCAGGCUAGCAGGCAGCAGGCUAACACCACCAGUACUACCACAGAACUGGAGGGGCUAAGACUGCUGCGUUGUGCCCAGGAAGGAGACCUGUCUGGGGUGAGAGGCCUGCUGUCCCGGGGGGUGGAUGUCAACUUCCAGGACAGCUGGUGGUGGACAGGUGUGAUGUGUGCAGCGGCGGCAGGGCAGCGGAGUGUCGUUAGUCUCCUCCUCCAGCAGGGGGCGGCAUGGGUGGGCGUGGUCAACAAUCCUAACCUGAUCAGGUGGUCAGUUGUUCGGGUGGUGAAUAUAGGGAGCCUAUUACAGGGGGUCCUAGAGGAACGGGACCACCAGGUCCCAGCUGGGAGACAGAGGGGUCAACACAACCAUUACAGGAGAGAGACGCAGGACCACCAGGACCACAGUUCUCCCCCAGCGGUAGCAGCAGUCCAGUCUCAUCAGAACCAGUCCACCCAGAAUCAGACCCAGUGGUGUCCAGUCUGCAGUGUCCACUACUCCUCUCCUCCGGAGACACACCUCUCCUCCACCCUCCACCUGUUCUCUCUCUCACGCCCUGCGCCCCCUCCCCACUACUGCCUCCCCCCCUCCACCCCCGCCUACCAGAUGAUGCUGCGCUCCGGGUGGACCCCUGGAGGGGGGCUGGGGCCCGAAGGGGAGGGUCAUAAACAGCCGGUCCGGACCGUCCUGAAGAGGGACAGUAGAGGCCUGGGGUACGGACCCACACCCCGACCCAAGGUCACACACUUCCAACCCAAAGACCCGAAGGCAGUCAGACGGACGGGGAAGGAGGGUCGGGGGGAGAGGGGGAGGAGGGGGAUGAAGGAGGAGAGCAGGAGGGAGGAGGAGAAGGACAGGAACUGGGAGAGAGACUUCCGCUCUUCCUUUAACACCUUUGACCCCUGACCUCUAAAUGCUGACCCAGGGACACCUGUUAUAGUCAGUUUCUCUCUAGUGUACACUCUCUCUCUCUCUCUCUAUCUAGUGUACACUCUCUCUCUAUCUAGUGUACACACUAUGUGCUCUCUCUCUCACUCUCAAAGGGUCUGAAUACUUAUGUAAAUAAGGUAUUUCAAUUUUUUUAUUUGUAAUAAAUUUGCAAGCAUUUC